AUGAUUCAGGGUAUCGACCUCGCCAGGUUAGCACUUCAAGGCAAAUUUGUGUUUGUAGAUGGCUUGACUGGACUCUUUUCAACUGCAGAUCAAAACCUGUCAAAACUCACACCGCCAGCUAGCAUGUCUCCUGCAGUUCAUUCGACAACAGCUCCGCACCGUUUGGCUAAUCGUUCCCAUACUACUUCUCAACAGACGAAUGUACCCACAAAGCUGCAGUGGUCAAACACAGGGGGUGUGGAGGCCAUAGAACGAGCCAUUAUUUCUGCAAUAGACAGUGUAAACAGUAGUGCCGGAGAAGACGACCGGAUUACCGCCACAAGCAAUACGCUUUUAAUUGUCGAUCAACCAGAUAUGCUCCUGGCCGCUACUGGAGUAGAAUCUAAAGUUGGAGCAUUAGAGGUUAAAGACAUGAUUACAUGUUUACGACAGCAUGCGCAUUCUACCCUGGUUACGCUAGCUGCAGACUCGCCUUUUAUCAAUUACGGGGAAUCUGGGACACCCUUAGAGACAGAACAUGCAAGUCUAGUAAUCGGAAUGGCCUACCAGGCACGAAUGGUGAUGCAGUUGAGGGGCCUGGAGACUGGUGCCGCUCGAGACGUGAGUGGAGUAAUGCAGAUCGCCAAAGGCAGACUCUGCAGCCACGCAGAUCAAAGGGAUUUGGAUAGUGAUGAUCUGGAACCCAUAGAAAUUUUGUAUUAUGUUCAGGGUGACGGGACGGUGCGUGUCUUUGGUAGAGGAGAGUGA